AUGAACUACGACCUCACCAAGAACUACCUGGACCUGGUGGUGACCCACACGUCUGUCAUCCUGUUGCUGUCACGUAUCGAGGACCGCAAAGCCCUGAUUGGGAUGUACAACUGUGCCCAUGAGAACCAGGGCAGCGGCGACCCCUGCUACGCUUGGCUGGCCCAGAUGGUGCUGGAGUAUGACACCCCACUCAAGGAACUCACAGAGGAGUUCAGGCCUCACACCAAGGCCGUGUCCAGUGCACUUCUGUCUCUCCAUUUCCUCUUUGUCCGGAGGAACCAGUCAGCCGAGCAGUGGCGCAGCGACCAGCUCCUGAGCCUGAUCAGCAACUCGGCCACCAUGCUGAGCCCGGCCAGCUCGGAUGUCACGGCCUGCGAGUACCUGUCGCUGGAGGUGAUUGAGCGCUGGAUACUGAUUGGGGGCCCCUCGCUCCUGCCGCACCAGCCCCUGAGCUUGAACCCGCAGUGCCUGGAGCUCUGGAAGCUGGGCCUGCAGGGCUCGCUCUACAUCAGCCUCCUCCGCGACAACGCCCUGCAGAUCUACAAGGUCACCGAGGAGUUCUUCGGCCGUCUGAAAGGGUAUGGGAAGCGGGUGGCCGAUGUCAAGGAGUGCAAGGAGCACGCUGUGGCGCACAGAUCUCCGCCCUGCCAGGCUCUCUGCGUCUUCGUGGCGCUCUCCUUGUGCCGCGACGAGGUGAACUGGCUGGUGCGUCACGCUGAGCAUGUCACCAAGACCCCUGAGGACUACGCUGGCAGUCACAUCGCCGAGCUGCUGUUCCUCAUGGAGCAGCUGUGUACCCUGGUGCACAGGCAUGGCCCAGUGAUCCAGCGCCACCACGUCCAGUACCUGGCUCGCUUCGACGCCCUGCUGCUCAGUGAUAUCAUCCAGAAUCUGACUGUCUGCCCUGAGGAGGAGUCCAUCAUCAUGUCAUCCUUCAUCAGCACCCUGUCGUCUCUCAACUUGAAACAAGUGGACAAAAAGGAGAAGUUCGACUUCUCAGGGCUUCGCCUGGACUGGUUCCGGCUGCAGCACCACAUGAGGGGCUGGGGUGGUGCUGCUCACAUGGAAUCACAUGCACGCACACACAAACACAGAAUCACACACAUACAAGCAUGGAAGCACAUACACAUGGAAUCAAGCACAUACACACAAACACGGAAUCACACACACCUGGAAUCACACACAUACGCACAAAUACAGAAUCACACACGCAGAAUCACAUGCAAACACCUACAUGGAAAAGCACAUGCACACACAGACAAACAUGGGACCACAUGCACAUGGACUCGCACAUGCAGACAAACACAGAAUCACAUGUAUACAGAAUCACACACAUACACACAAACAUGGAAUCACAUACACACACCUACAUGGAGAGCUGUGUGCGCACACACAGACUCUUCCUGCCCCAGCUGUGCUGAUGUGUCCUUCUACCCCGACAGUUUCUACGUCCGCCCCUUCGAGAAGCUGUUUGCUCUGACCAUGGAGGAGCCGGCCAUGCUGCGCUUCACCAUCAUCUUCCCGCUCGUCUGCAGCCACUUUGCCCACUGCACCCACCCCAUGUGUCCAGAGGAAUAUCCUCACCUGAAGAGCUGCAGCCUGGGUCUAUGCAACAGCUUCCUGGAAGAGAUCGCCAAGCAGGCUGCCAACUGCAUCAUGGACACAUGUGCCGAGCAGCGCAAACUCAGUGAGCAGCUGCUACCCAAACAUUGCGCCUCCACCAUCAGCAAGGCCCAGAACAAGAAGGCCCAGAAGCAGCCCCGCAACAAGGGGGAGCCGAAGUGGGACAAGCCAGGGGCUGAGAGCCAGAGGAAGGACCGGAUUCUGGUGAGCAACAUGGACAAGCUGCAGCAGGUGCUGAGCGAGCUCUCCCUGAGCAUCAACCACGUCCCCAGCUUCACCGUGUUCGAACACACGGUCACACCGGCCGAAUAUCUCAGCAGCCAUGUGGAAACGCAUCUCAAUAGAUCCUUUGUGUGGAUGGCCAGCUACAACCAGGCUACGCAGGAGAUUGCGUGGCCCUCUGAGGUGCUGGCUGGCCUGCACUCCUACCUCGCCUUCAUCCAGUCGCUGAGGCACUUCACAUGCGUGGACUCCAGCUGCAUCAUCCGCAAUGUCCUGCUUCAGCAGACACAACCCCUGGACUCAAGCAGGGAGCAGACCCUCACCACCAUCUACACCAACUGGUACCUGGAGGCGCUGCUGCGCCUGGCCAGCACUGGGGCCAUUGUGCUGUCCAGGUCCCAAGGGUACAUUGUACCCCAUUUGUUUUGCAGCCCUCUCUCCUGUGUGUCCUCGCGAUUCACCCCCCACCCCGUCUCUCCCCCAGCUGCUGACAAUGUGCUGAAAAGAAUGACCAUCAUCGGGGGGAUCCUGAGCUUCCGCUCCAUGGCACAGAGUGGGCUUCGUGAGGUCUUCUCCAACCGCUGCCCGUUCCUGAUGGGCCCCAUCGAGUGCCUGAAGGACUUUGUCACCCCAGACACGGAAAUAAAGGUCACCUUGAGCAUCUUUGAGCUGGCCACGGCUGCCGGGAUCCCAUGCAACAUUGACUCAGCCCUGGUGACUGCACUUUCCAACCUGAAGACCGCGCACAUCAACGACGGGUUUUUCCGGCUGUUUACUGCCUUUGGCUGA